AGUUUUCAUAUAGCCGCCUGCUCUUGUCGUCUAUUGGCUGUUGUUGUAUCGGUGUUCGUUAUUUGGAGAAAAGGACGUCUUUGGUUUUUGCACGGUCGGAUUUUGUUUCGCGCGCCAUUUGAAUCCACCGCAGAUCGAUAAUAUACCGACGUAUCAACGAUCAAAUAAUCAUGAGUCAAGAAAACGCCAACAACUCUUGUUACAAGUACCUUAAAAGUUUGCAAGAGACAUCAAAAUCAACGUUUCUUAGUCAGAAGGAGAUAGUUCUUCAUAAAUUAUUAAUUCAAAACAAAUUAGAUCCUGGAACUAAAUUGUACUUAUUUUGUUAUGAAUGCCUCAUGUGUGCGCGGUACAUAAUGGAGAUUCGCGAAGACGAUAUGUGUGAGCACGAUUGCUGUCGAUCUUAUGCGCCACGAAUUCACUGUCACGAUCGUGAUAAAUGUAAAAUACUGUUCGUCCACAUAUUACAUGUGGACGACUUGGAAUCGCAACAAAAAUUAUUGAUAAAUACAAAACAGUCAUUGGGGUUAAAAUAAUAAAGACGGGAGCAAAAAAGAAGAGAAGCCCUGAAGAUGAUGAAGAUGAUGAAAUGUAAGAAUAACUUACAAGUUGCAAGUGAUUCCUGUAAAUUAUAUUCCAAUAUAAACGAAAUUGUGAGAAACAUAUAAACUCGACUAUCAAGUAUAUUAUUGUGAUCCAUGGAUUUUUUUUUAAUAGAUUACAUUAUUUCAUUAAUAUUAUAAUAAUCCUUUUUAUAUUGUUUAGUAGUAGCUAAUAUUAUAAACUAUAAUGUAUAUUUUUUAUUGUCUAACUAUUGUAAUUGUACAAUAUUAUUAUUAAUAUAUAAUUUAUUAUCUUACAUUUUUUUUUUAAUGAUUAAUAAUUCGCUAUAUCACUAUAUCAGUUUACUAUUUGUAUAAGACUUCUAUUCCUUUAUUUUUUGUAAUAAAAAAUAUUAUAAUAAUAUAUAAUAAUAUAAUAUUUUUAUAAUAAAUAAUAUCUCAUUAAAA